CUUCUAUCCCACUCGCUCCACUAGACAAACUUGAUGGCCCGAGUUUUCUCCCAAGUCGUCUUGCUCCGACACUCCCUGAGCUCCAGGCUACUGGGCCCGGCUUAUCUGAUCCAGGCCCACCGAGCCCGUUCGACUCUGUCCGGCGAAGCCCAGCUGAUCGAGGUUGAUCUUGACCCUGCAUCGUCGUCUUCGUCUUCGUCUUCGUCGGCGUCGGACGGUGAAUCGGAGGCGUUGAUGAUCAGGAAGCUCGACGACGUAGUGCAGAGGAUCAUCGUCCAGAAGUCGACCCCCGAUUGGCUUCCCUUCAUUCCCGGUUCCUCCUUUUGGGUCCCGCCCCGACGCAACUCCGUGAAGUUCGUCGAUUUGGUCGGGAAAUUGGCCGACCGGCUCUCCGAGGAGGAGACUCUCUCCCUAGCCACCGACCGUGGUUGGCCUUGCUCUGACUUCUUCAUCCAUGUCAAUGUGGAGGCAGAUAAAUCAGCAGAGAUGGAAGUGGAGAUGGAGGUAAAGGUUCUAACCAAUUCACAAAACACCUCACAUUUUGAGGAUGAGGAAGGAUAAUCAAAACAAAUCCGUAGCAGCCUAGUUGCUAGGGUUUGAAUUUAUUCAUGUGCUACAUGCCUACCUGGCUGCCAUAGUCCUCCAAGCUAAGCUGCUAUGCCUUUGGAAGUGGCUCUUCUAACCAUCUCAAGUUCCUUAUUUGCAGUGGCUGGUAUGGCUUUUAUGAUGAAGCAUUUGAAAGAGGAAUGAAAAUCUGGACUGCAGAGGGCGAAGAAAACAAGUUGGAAUAUUGUACAGACCUAGGUGUUGGUGGGAUAGGGUGGGGUGGGGUGGGGUGGGGUGGAAAAGUACCUUAAUUGACUUAUAUUUGAAGCUGUCUAUUUAUUUACACAAUUCUACUUUUAGGCUGUAUUCAAUUUAGAAUUUGAUGGAUCUAAAAUGAGUUAUAGACUUUAAAAGAUUUGAUGGA